AUGAAUGGCGAACCUAUUAAUCCCUUUACCUCUUCAAAGGUUGAGAAGCAGCAGCAGUGCAGAGUUAGAGCAAUGGAGUUCGACGAGGACGCUCCACUUGCUCAAUCAUUCAAACGUAAGAGAAAACCUAUCCGGAAGAAAAAACAACCUGAGGCCUGGCCUGAAGACCCCCCCGAAGCGGCCCGCGAUCACGACCCUGCUCGAUUGCCUUCCACAGUUGAACCUCUACCUGAAAGUGUAUUCGACUACUCGGUCGAGAAUCACUUCAAAGCCUUUGUUGCUGUUGCUGCUCAUCCGCCUGAAUCUUCAUAUCACAAGAUUGGUGCUCCCCUUGCAGGCAGAGGUGCCAUACAGAUAUGGUGUUUGUUAACUGCCCCUGUAAGAGAUGAUUUAACUAAUCAAGCUAAAAAGUCAAGAAGAAAACCCCAGAAAAAGUUAAUAGUUAAAUCUGAUGAUCCAGUUGAACCACCGAAACCAAGAGGACGACCAAGAAAGACACCUCUUAAUGAUUCUGUACAAGUGAGGUUAAGAGGUAGACCGAGAAAGAACCCUCUUGACCACUCUGUACCAUCGAGGCCAAGAGGGAGACCUAAAAAGAAAGUUCUUGAUGUGUCUAUGGGAAAAAUAAAUAUCAAUGACCAAUACGUUCAACCUCUUGCUAUUGAAUACCCUACAAGCUCAGCUGGGUCUCAUUUGCCAGAUAAGGCAAUAAAAAAGGACGAGGUUUGUGACAAUGGUCUGCAUAGUCCCAGCCAAUGUGAACAUGAAGAAACUACCCUUGUUGAUCCGCUAGCAUCUGCAAGCUUCAGUCUGGAUUCCCCAACUUGUACAAGUGCUUGUGAUGCCAAUACUUCUACCAGCAUCAUUCCCUUUGAUGUGGCAUUACCUAGACUGAUGUUAUGUUUAGCCCACAAUGGGAAGGUUGCAUGGGCUGUAAAGUGGCGGCCAGUUAGUACUCAUCACCUUGAAUCCAUGCAUGUAAUGGGUUAUCUAGCUGUGUUGCUUGGAAACGGUGCACUAGAAGUGUGGGAAGUCCCUCUUCCACAUACUGUGAAACGUGUAUAUCCUGCUUGCGAGGAGCAUAUUGAUCCACGCUUCAUCAAGUUGAAGCCGGUAUUUAGAUGUUCAAAGCUGAAGUCUGGUGAUAGGCAAAGGUACAUUACUUGGUCUGUGUCACAUCCCAACGAUAUGAUUUUGGCUGGAUGUCACGAUGGAGUGGUUGCUUUGUGGAAAUUUUCAGUUACUGAUUCAUCUACAGAGACCAGACCUAUGCUUUGCUUCAGUGCAGAAACAUGUCCAAUCAGAACCCUGGCAUGGGCACCGAUUCAAAGUGAUCAAGAGACUACAUAUGUGUUUGUUGCUGCCAGUAAUAAAGGUCUCAAGUUUUGGGACAUACGUGAUCCAUUUCGUCCACUGCGGGACUCUUCUAUUCAGGGGGGCUGCAUUUUUGAUGUGGAUUGGCUGCCUCAUCUGAGAUGUGUUUGUGGAGUCAAUGAUGAUGGGACAUUCUGGCUUCUCAACUUUGAGAAAGCCGCACAGGAUAUUCCGGUUACUGGAAAAUGCUUGAAGGCAUCAAGGCCGGUGUUGAGCAGUUAUGACUGUUCCUCAUUCUCAAUAUGGAGCCUCCAAGUUUCUCGCCUGACAGGUGCAGUUGCUUAUUGUGGUGAAGAAGGAUCAGCCUUUUGCUUCCAGCAGCCGACGAGUAAAUCAGUGAAGGAUACACGAAACCGCGUGCAUCAUUAUCUUUGUGGGUCGUUAUUCGAAGAGGGAACUGCCCUUGUUGUAGCAACUCCAUCGACUAAUAGCUCGGUUUUGAAAAGAAUCCCAGGCACGAAACGUCCUGGGGGAGCAGCAGCAAAAGAUCAUGAGAGCAGAGUGAAGGAUCAAAUUGGUAAAACUCCACAACACGUCAUUGUUUACGUUUCUAUAUUUAUUUCUGGAAACAAUCCUGUUGAAGAGCAUGGAUCUGAACAAAACUCUGAUAAAAGUAAACCCGAUUUUGAAAUAUUCCCUCCGAAAAUUGUGGCGAUGCAUAGGGUGAGGUGGAACAUGAACAAAGGCAGUGAAAAGUGGUUGUGCUAUGGAGGAGCUGCCGGUGUCCUACGCUGUCAUCAGGUCGAUUUAUCCCUUCUUCAAAUCCACAUGCUUCUUCCACUUGUCGAGUGUGUCAACAACCUUCUUGCAGUGAAGGAUGAGGUGAUGUUCUUCAAGAGAUGCUUUGUUGCCUUCAUUAAGACCCACAAGACUGCUAUGGUGUUGGCCUCUACUGAACCCCCGGAGAAGUCCUUAGAUGAAACCCACACAUGCUCAGUCUUCAACUCCCUGCACUCUUCCCCCAAACCCGGCAGAUCCUCCACUAAUGGCCAAAGGCUAACUGUUAUGAUGAAGUGA